AUGGAACAAGUUGGAAAGAAAAGAACUUCAUCAGUAUUAGAUGUGACAGAACCAGAGAUCAGUUCAAAGUUUGGAUCUCGUAUUUUAACAGAGGAUAACGAUGUCUUUAAACAUAACGCUUGGGAUCAUGUCGAAUGGGAUGAGGAACAGGAAGCGAUGGCAAAAGAGAAAGUAAAACAACAACUUGAACACCCUGUACCUGAAGAAGAACAAGAGCAAUAUUACAACAACCCUGCAGAAUAUUGGGACAAGUUUUAUCAAAAGAACGAAAACAAGUUUUUCAAGGAUCGCAAUUGGUUAAAGGUUGAAUUCCCUGAACUUUUUUCAACAAGUGAAGCUGGUGCGGGCAAGAAGAGAGUAUUUGAGAUAGGAUGUGGUGCAGGAAACACCAUGUAUCCUUUACUGGAGCAAAGCGAAAAUCCCGAUUUAUUUGUCUAUGCCGCAGACUAUUCAAAAACAGCAAUAGAUGUCGUCCAGGGCAACAGACACUAUGAUACCUCGAGGUCGUUAGCCUUUGUCUGGGACCUUGCCAGCGACGAGAUACCAAAGGAAAUUGAGCCAGAGUCAAUUGAUAUAAUUGUGUUGAUCUUUGUACUGUCUGCAUUAUCACCGAGCCAAUGGGCUCAAGCGAUUAAAAACAUACACAGGAUGUUAAAACCCGGAGGACUUGUUCUCUUUCGUGAUUAUGGUCGCUAUGAUCUUGCACAAUUAAGAUUCAAGAAUAACCGCUUAUUAAAAGAAAACUUUUAUAUCCGUGGUGAUGGUACAAGAGUGUAUUUCUUUACAUCAGAAGAAAUUGGUGAAAUGUUUGGUAAAGAAGAAGAAGGCAAACAACUUUUCAAGAUUGAACAAAAUGCUGUGGAUCGUAGACUGAUUGUAAACCGUAUGCGUAAACUAAAGAUGUACCGUGUAUGGCUUCAAGGCAAAUUUAGAAAAUUAUAAUGAUAAAUAUCUUUUAUCCAAGUGUUUUUUCAUUUGAGUCAAAAUCUAGGCAAAGUUCCUAAAACUGAGAAUAAAAAGCUUAAUUUUGUCCCUAUUUUCCCCUUUUAGUCAAUUUUUUUUACCUUUAUCUCCCUCUUUUUUACUCUGUGUUUUUUUUUCCCUUUGUAAAUAAG